GUUUAAAUGUUGCUUUUAUACAAACUUACAUAUAUUUUCAGCCUCAGGACACAAUGUAGAGGUUGAAACCUUUUCUUCCCACUUCAUAAAAGAUUUUCUCUGGAGUCUGUGGUCAUGACCCGGUAGUCUGCUGCCCUUGGAAAAUUGUGUUUGCUACAGCCUACAGUUUUCGGAUGUCCGAGGAGACCGUGAAUGCAGCACAAACCCACAUAAUGCUCCUCUUCAGCAGUGGGAGCAGCGGGCCAGCCUGCAGAGCUCUUCCGGAGGCGGAUAAUCCCCAUCUCUACACGGAGACCUAAUGCUAUCAAGAAGGAAUAGAUACAACUCAUCUCAAGGAGGAAAGAAACGCGCUUUGGAGAAAAUAAUAGCUCCGAAAUAGAGGACCUUUAAGGAGAAGUUCGGAUCAACACAAAAGAUGGAUAUCUGCGUUUUACAGUUUCUUUAUUCUCUUAGGAGAUAGAUCUGACUGGGAUAAACCAAUCAUCUAUAAUGUGACAGCUGCUGUCGCAUUUCAUCUAUAGUUUGGGAGAAAAAAAGAACAUCCUGCGUGUAUUUUCUGAUUUGAUCACCAUGGUGGCAUUCAAUCUGGUGUUAACUUUAAUCAUUGCGGCUCUUUGGCGGGUCAGCGGCGAACUACAAACUCUUUCUUCACCUGCAACGCAGUUAAAUUCAACAUCAUCAUCAUCAUCAUCAAACAUCAUCAGCGAAGACGAAGUGACGAGUAAUGUCACAGAUGCUGCCGUGGGAUCCCGGAUUUCAUCCAUCACGACGCAUCUGCCAACUCUGAAAAACAUAGUCAUUUUGGUCUGCGUGCUAACAGCUGCUCUCAUCACAUGCCUGGUCAUCAAAGUGAUCAGAUCCGGAAGGAGGAUCAGAAAAACGCGUAAAUAUGACAUCAUAACGACUCCUGCAGAGCGAGUGGAGAUGGCCCCUCUUAAUGAGGACAACGAUGAGGAUGAUGACUCAACUCUCUUUGAUGUUAAAUACAGGUGAACCCCACCAACACAGACAUCCAAAUUUGUCAACUCCUGUUUUUUUUUCCUUGGACAACUCGAGUGAUUUCUAACGUUUUUAUGUGUUGUGAAGUCUUACCAAAUCAGACACACAUCUGCUGCUUCUGCAUGGCUUUUAUCUGUGUUAAACGGACUGGAGCCACAGAGAUGUCAUUAUUUGCUGUCCUACUGACGCUCAUGUCAUGUGGCCCAAAUGCCUGCCCGCUUCUUUCUCAGAUUAAACAUGAGGAAGUUUCAUGCUGCCUCAAGAUGUUCAGUUAAAGUUGAGCUGAUUGUGACUGAGGUAAAUCAACUUUGCCAAAAAGACGUUUGAUUUAGCAUAAGUUCUGACAGUUAUUGUCACUUUAAUUGGAACCAUUGAGCUUCACAUUACAGUAUGUCUGGCUGCUGAGUCUAAAGUGGCAAUGUCUGGUUUGGAUCUUUGAUAAAAUCAUAUGAAAAUGCAGGAUUUAUCACACUUUCUGAUUUCGAAUGAAAAUAUAAUCUGUAAAUCAGUACUGGUGGCCAACAGGACCCAUCAGUGAGGUUGUAAAAUGUUAACAUGCAACAAAUCUUGUGCAACAAAUACCUUAAUCAAACGUUGAAUUUGCACACUAUGAAGAAUAUACUCUAAUUUAUAUUUUACCUAAACUUUUUACCAAAUACGUUUCUGUCUACUAACCACUUUAUUGUGCGUAUAUACUGAUUGAUUUGUCUCCCUAUAUAUGGAGUAAGCGUAUAUUUUUUUACUGAGUGUUCACAGACAUUCCUAUUUUGCUGCUGUAUCAGCAAAUGCUAAAAGGUUCAAAAUUAAAUGAAGAGAAUAUUGUGAGGUGUUUAUACAUAUGUUUGCUUUGAAUGUAAAUGCUGUAAACCUUUGUGAUCAGGUGUUUUUAACCGUGUUAGCAUUACAUUUUAUGAGGUGACCCCUGAUUAUUGUCAAAAAGAUUGCAUUUAUGUAGUUACCCAUUUGAAACAUGUCCAAAAGGAACCCUGUGUCUUACUUUGUAUAUCAAGCCAUUUUUUAAAUAACGUAUCAUGAGUAGUUACAAAAUUCAAAUAAUCCCAAAAACCUUUUAUUUGAUGUACAAGGUAAAGAGCUGGACCAAUACUAUGCUAAGUCUCCCACCACAACUCCAUUAAUGGCUAACUAACUAUUGUAAUGUGUAACUGAAAAGGGCUGUUUCAUCCCUGUGGAGUUGUUGGUCUAAGCCAUACUCAUUCUGAUAAAAGGAAAGGAUCAGUCACAUCAUGUAGGCCUUUCUCAUCCCAGCAGCUUCAGUGUUGUAAAUGUCAACACUUUGAUAAAGCCUGGCCAAGUUUUUGAUGUUUUGAUAUACAAUAAAUAUAACUGCAUCCGAGUUUCAAUUGACAAUUUUACCUGAAGCUUACAAAAUCUUUAAACGAGUUGACCCCUUAAGUUAAGCAUAGAUAUCAAGAACAGUACCUGGUUUGUUAUACCUCUAAUCCAAAUAAAAACACAAUACUUUACCAAAAGUCUGAUCUAGGGCAGAUAAAAGAAAAAGUACAAGGGCUUACAGACCUUCCUUGUAAUAAAAGUAAACUAAUAACAAAGCAGAUACAUCCUCUGCAGUGAGUAUGGCGGUUCUAGGUAAGCUUGUUUAAUCUAGUCUGCUAUAUUUGAUAGUAAACUGAGGUGCAGUUGUCUGGCCUCCAUCCAUCUUUAACAGGAACAAGGAAAUGAGUGUUGAAACCUGAUCACCUUCUGUUUGUUUCCUUCUGUUUAAAACUGGUCACUGUCAUAACAUGAAAAACUGGAUGCAUUGCUCGUCAUUUAAAGAUAUAUGAACAGUAUGCAGGGAAGAGGUGUGUGAAUCAGUAUAGAAUUGUAUGUAAACCAAUCUUUUGUCAUAUUUUUGAUAUCAUGUAUUUAAGCAGAAUGCUGGCUAUUCCCUGCACUUUCCAUCACACUGUAUGACCGUACCUCUUCAGUAUUGUGUCAUGUCUCACGUAGUCUUUCACUGUGUGCUCAGAAUUCUGCAGAUCCAUGUUUGUGCCCAUGCUAAUUUAUCUCGUCACCCUCUUCCUUUCAUGGUUUCAUUGAAUCUUUGUUAAAUAGUGGAAGAACACUUACUGCGUUAAGAUGCUAAUCCUGGUCUUUUCAUAGGACUGAAUGAAUCAUCUGUUACAGAAAGAUCCUCUCAUUAAAUGAAUUAACGUCAUUGUGGUAGCUGUUUGAAUGCUGUGGCUAAUUCCCCUCAUCCCACAUUUGAUGCUAAAAAACCAUUGAAACUGUUUUAGAAGUUUAUUAAGAGAAAAAGCCCCUUCUUGGUUUUUGACACAGGGAUAUUUAGUGUUCCCACAGCUGUUUCCAUGUCUUUAAAGACACUACUGAAAUAAAAGUGCUCCCUUUGAAGGGAUAAAUCCUUUUAGAAGAGACACUGGAAAUGG